AUGAAUGCGGUCGACGAGCACCUGUAUAUCGCGGCGAAGGUGACUUUAAUCGGAGUUGUGGCCACGAUGGCAAUGCACGCCUUCAAUUUGACAUUCCUCCCCUUCUUUGUGACAGCCCAACGACAACGAUUGUCGAUCCAUUUUCUCAUCAACAUUUCCUCAGUGAUCGUUGGAAUCAUUUUGUCUCUGCCGUGGAGUAUUCUGAUUAUUUAUGGAUGGGAUUCUGUGGGUAAGACGUCUGGGAAUUACGAUGAUUGGAAGUGAUUUCGAUUGUGCCCGGGAAGCUUUGGGCGACCUGAUCCAGUGGCAAAAAACGUACGAUUUUGCAUCCAGGAGGCGUCAAAAAUGUGGCAAAAUGCUUCCCUCUCCAAGUGAAAAAACUUCGUUUUGAAGGGCGCGCUUUUCAAAUCUGAGUUUUUUUCACUUGGAGAGGGAAGCAUUUUGCCACAUUUUUGAUACCUCCCGGAUGCAAAAUGGUACGUUUUUUGCCACUGGAUCAGGCCCCCACUGUAGAAUACCGCCAAAUCCUCAAAAAAGAGGCAUUUUGCGGGAGUCGGGAUGCCUCCUGAACGCAAUAGGAAGGACUUUAGUUCAGUUCAAUUCAUUCCGGACCUGAUUCUAGAUUCUCUCUACAAUAAGCGAACUGUAUUUUGGUGUGCCACCCUGUCCUUCGGCUGGCUUCUGUCCGUCUCGGUUUCUAUCAGCUUCCUAACGCUGGACCGACUGCUCACCCUCACAUUAGUCCAUAAAUACACCCGAAAACAUCGACAUAACAUGGCAAUAAUCAACGUCGCCUCUCAGGUCGUCUUGUAUUUUGUUUUUAUUCUAAUGCAAGUUGGCGAUGUUCCAGCGCCCGACGAGUUUGCUCGUAAGUCAUAGAAUAUUCGAUUUAACUUACCGUACAGUAGGGUACCUGAUCCAGUGGCAAAAAACAUACCAUUUUGCAUCCGGGAAAUAUCAAAAAUGUGGCAAAAUGCUUCCCUCUCCAAGUGAAAAAACUUCGUUUUGAAAGGCGCGCCCUUUUUCCUCACAAAAAGAUUUUGAAAUCAGAGUUUUUCCACUUGGAGAGGGAAGCAUUUUGCCACAUUUUUGAUACUUCCUGGAUGCAAAAUGGUACGUUUUUUGCCACUGGGUCAGGUCGCCAACUGUAUAUAUAGUAACCACUCGUAUGUACAGUAAAUCGUAUUUUGUAUGUGUUACGCAAUGAUUUCACUGCUUUUCAGCAUGCUUCUUGUAUAUUUGCGUCACGGCGCGGGCUACAAAUUUUCUUUUCAUCAAGCUGACGCUUGGCCUGGUUAACGUUGUAAUUGGGUUGGCCUUCUUCCUUCAUAUGCUCAAAUACACCAAGAACCGGCCGGCUCAGCAGACGGUACGUACCUGUUGCCUUACGGGCGUACAGAAAAAUGUAACAUCAGUUUGGGAACUGGGACGAUUGGGGAAACCGAAAAGUAUUAUUUUUCUUCGAUGCAAGUGUGAAAUUAGGACAAUCGAGCGUGCUGAUUUCGAAAAUGACAUUCACUUUUUUGAUCUUUACUUUUUUCCUUAAACAGUACUGUAAAGUAGUAAUUUUUCGAAUUUUUUCUUGAAUACUCGAUUGGGGGUUUCGAUGGUGCUGAUUUCAAAAUGUCAAACCAGAAAAAAUGAAUAAGAUUUUCGAAAUCAGCACCACCGAAACCCCCCAAAUCGAGUAUUCAUGAAAAAAAUUAAAAAAAUUACUACUUUACAGUACUACCUCAGGAAAAAAGUAAAGAUCAAAAAAAUGAGUGUCAUUUUUGAAAUCGCCACCUUCGAUUAUCCUAAUUUCGACACUUGCAUCGAAGAAAAAUAAUACUUUUUGGUUUCCCCAAGAUCAGUUUGUCGGGGAAAUAUUAAGCACCCCGCCAAUCCAAAAUCGCAUCGUAAUUCCUAGCUCCGACUUAACAAAGUUUUUUUCAAGAAAAUGAUAAUUUUAGCGUCUGUUUCAGACCAAUCUAAUCGGCCUUUUCGUGGUCUUCAACGAAUUUUGCCUCAACUUUAUACCUCAUAUUGUCAGUUACGUAACCUCGGUAAGUCAUCGUUAUUAUCUUCAAUACCACUCCUAUUCUUUUCUUUGACGCUUUAAACUACUUUUAAACCGAAUUUCAGCUCACGGAAUUUCACAUCGGCAAGGUCUCCGGGCCCUAUACAAUAUACUUCUUCGGCUUGGAAAGUAGUCUUCUGACUAUUGCAACGCUAAAAGUAAUGGGUGUACCCUUUUCCAAAAAUGGUCUUGGCAGUCUUCAACGGUCCUCCAGGAACAAUGUCGUCAAUGUUAGCAGCACGGGCCAACAACGAGCCGAUAAAUGA